CAGGAAUAGUUUCGAUUCGUCGCUGCUGGGGUUCGGUUUUGUCGUCGUUCCCCUUUGAAGCGAUUUUUUCGAAACUACAUUGUAAUGUGCUGACGCACGAGUGUUUUGCGUUUGACCGCGUUCUUUUCGGACGUCCCUUUCCGCAAUUAAUAAUUUAAUUCGAAUUUAUUCGGCCCAAAGUCGCAGUUAAAAGGUCGCGAGUGCCGUGACGAAUGGGAAUUAAUUUGGUCAUGGAUUUUAUGAUCAGUAAUUAGUAGACGAUUUCAUUCAGCCGUUCACCAACGGCAAAAACUGCCACUCUCACCAUGUCUACUGGCGUUUCUGCCGGUAACAAGCACAAGCGAGCUAGUUCUACGGGUACCACGGGUACCGGCGACGAAUCUUUCACGUCGGACGACGAAGAAAACCUAGAAAUAGAAGAGACGGACAUCACCAUCCGAGACCAUGUCACCAGGAGGUUAUUUGAAGGACGAAGCUACAAGUGUCCCGCGUUGGACAAGCAAGUGGAGCACCGUAACAGCUCCGACAGCUCCAUGUACAGCGACUUGGAUUUGGAAAAGUGCGACUUAGAAGUGAUUUCGCAGUUCGACUUGAAAGACGACAGCGAUAAGAGCUUCGAAAGCAACAGCGAUCAAGUCGAUUGGUCCGGUUCUGUAAUGCAGGGUAAAGAUACCAUCGUGAAUGGAUUAAGGGACGAACUGAAACAGGUCACGCGACAAUUGAAUUUAAAGGACGAGGAGUUGGCGAGGGUGAACAGGAUUAGGCAGGAUGUAGAGACGGAACUGGAGGAUCUCACUGCUAGUUUGUUUCAGGAAGCUCACAACAUGGUGCGGGAGGCCAACGAAAAGCAAGCGGCUGCGGAGAAAUCGUUGAAAGAAAGUCAACUCAAAGUUGAUGUUCUCACUGCCGAAGUAGCUGCUCUAAAGACUUUGGUGCUGACCUCUACGCCCAGUUCUCCGAAUCCUCAUUUGCAUCCCCAAAUUUCAAAAGAUGACGGAGGUGUGGCGAUAUUCACGAAAAAACAUCGGCGAUCGCCUUCGCAUUUCAACUUGAAGUACGGCCGUGAGAAUUCGCCUCCGGACACGCCCGUCAAAAAUUCGACGCUCUCGAUGGGCAUCGGCUGCGAAUUGGAAAGCAGCGAAGGCUUGGAGGUUGAUCCCGUGUUCCACAAAGAGUUCCUGUUGUGGCGGCAAAAUCCGGUCCUGGACAAAACCCAGCCGUUCAUUCACCGUGCUUAUAUUGAAGACAUCAAUACGUGUUUGAAUUUUUCUAAUAAAGACCUGGGCGAGAAGGUGAUGCUGGCAAUAGAAUCGGGCAAAAUGCUCAUAGAGGCGGUCAGUGACAAGGCAAAGGCAAUGUUUCCGAAAAAAUGCGCUUUGCUCCAAGUGCAAAGGCUGUGCUUCUAUAGAAUGAAUAUCGGGGAAGCGGACGAUUGGUAUAGCAUCUCGCAGUUAUGCAGGAACAGGAUUAUCGCCGUCUGUGAUUUUUUAAAUUACCUAAAAUACAUUGAACGAGGUUUGGUGAAAAGUUCUGUCCACGACGUCUAUUGGGAAAUCGUCCGUCUACGAAAGAAUAUAAAUCUGGCGAGAUUAGGUUUAGACUUGAAAUUGUAAAAACGCGGAUAUUAGAUAAUACGCCAAAUCUACUCAGUCGUUUUUGACCGUACGCUAAAAUCCAGUCAGAGCAGUUGUGCAGUGACGUAACCCAAAAUGAUCUAUAUGUCUUAGCUAUAUUGCUACCAUUUUUAGAAAACUGACAAACGAAAUUCCUGUGCCAAUUUGCGAAAUCCACUAGAUAUGUCAUGUUACUACGUAAUUGCUCUGACUGGACUAUACAAAUUUAGAUCUGACCUGAGCUAAUACCAAAGAUUAAUUUAUUAAUUUCUCUAUAUUUUGAAUCUUAUAUAAAUAUUAAUAUUAAUUUGUUAUAUCUGGUGCCGAUGUCGCCGAGUAUUUUAUUAAAUGAUUUACAUCACUUAUCUG